UUUUGGUGGUGCUUUUUUGCUGCCUUUUGGAUGGUGGCGCUGAGAGACUGUCUCCGAAGAGAGAGACAGAGCGGGAGUUUCCAAACUUGCUCAGAGAAAGCAGCCCUGCAAAGCGCUUUUCAAAGCUCUUAACAUGGGGGAUGUGAAACUGGUAUCUACUAGAAUUUCCAAAGCCUCAUUGACUCUGGACCACUCUUCCUUAAGACCUCCUGCUCCAACAGAACCACCAGCAUUUACUUUACCUCCAAGAAAUAUUCGGGUGCCACUUGGAGGCACAGCCAGGUUUGAAGGAAAGGUCAGAGGCAACCCAGAACCUCAAGUCACAUGGUACAGAAAUGGGCAUCUCUUGACACAGGGAGAACGUUGUGUGGCAGACUGCAGCAUUCGAGGGCUUUUCACUUUGACAAUCAAAGGAGUGCAGGAGGAAGAUGGUGGCCCAUACACAUGUGAGGCCAGAAAUGCGGGUGGUCUUCGCCAGGUGACAGUGGAAUUAACAGUGGAAGGAAUUGUUUUGAAGAAGUACAGCCUGCCUUCCAGUACUAAAGGUUCUGGAAAAAACACUCGAUUUGGGUCCUGGGAGACUCAAUUUAAGAGUAGCAGACUUACUGUUCCACCUGUAGAACAACGGCCAAGCAUCUGGGGUGAAUGUCCACCAAAGUUUGCUACAAAACCCAAUCGAGUCAUUGUGCGAGAGGGUCAGACUGGUAAAUUCUCCUGCAAGAUAACAGGGCGACCUCAACCUCAAGUCAGUUGGUUCAAGGGUGAAAUUCAGGUGCAGAAGAAUGAUCGUUUCAACAUGUUUGAGAAAGCAGGCAUCCAGUUUUUGGAGAUCCAAAAUGCUCAGCUAGCUGAUGCUGGAAUUUACACUUGCACUGUGAUGAAUAGUGCUGGGAAAGUUUCUAUGUCUGCAGAGCUCACGGUUCAAGGUUCGGUUAAGAGAGAUGUGUGUGCUCACCCUCUUUGCACAUCAGCAAAAUCCAGUGCCUCUACACAACCCGCCAUCACAACCAAAGCUAUUAACACAUCAGAAUUUGGAAAGGCCACCAGUAAUGGGAUUACCAAAGAACUUAAAUCCACAUCCACAGAAAUUUUGCUUGAAUCCAAAGAAAGGCCUGUCAUGAAGCAAGACACUCCACCUGCUUCAUUAAAAGAGACCAAACUGAGUUCAUUGGAAAAGGUAAAGGAACCCAAUAUAGAAUCUCCUAAAGAAGAAGGGAAAGGCUACUGGGUCCUACAAAAAACAUCAAGCACCAUAACUCUGCAGUCUGUUAAAGUACAAACUGGACCAAAGGCAGAACUAAAAGCAGCUACUGCUGGACAGGAAGAUGAUGAGAAAAAGCCCAAACAGUCACUGACAGCAAACUGGAAGGGUGCUCCUUCUGCCAGGCAAAGUGGUCUGAGGACUAAGGAACUGGAAGAGCAUGUUGGAUUUAAAAAAAGUGUAACUGAGGUAAAGAGGGAGCCACAAGGGGUCCCUCCCCAGUUUGAAUGUCGCCCACAAAGCCAGGAAGCCCUGGAAGGAGAAGAUGUUACAUUUAGAUGCAAAGUUUCAGGGAAACCAAAGGCAACUGUUGAAUGGUUCAAAGGGGGAGCCCCAGUUGAGGCAGGAGAUGGAAUCCAUUUAUAUGAAGAGGAUGGCAUCCAUUGUUUGUGUCUGGAAAAAAUCCAGUUGGAAAACAGUGGGUCUUACUGUUGCACAGCCACCAGUACUCAAGGCCAGGCUUCAACAAGGUGGAUUUUAACUGUAAAAAGACCUAAAGUGAAAGAUGUUGCUCCGCAUUUUUCUAGUAUGCUGAAAUCCUGCAGUGUGAGCGAAGGCCAGGAUUUUGUGCUCCAGUGUUCUGUUGAGGGAGUACCAAUGCCUCAGAUAACUUGGCUCCUCAAUGAUCGUCCAAUUCAGUAUGCUCAUUCUGUUUUUGAAGAUGGAAUUGCAAAGUUGACCGUUCAGGAUGCCUUACCAGAAGAUGAUGGACUGUACACUUGUCUGGCAGAAAAUAAUGCUGGAAGGGCAUCCUGCAGUGCUCGGGUUACUGUCAAAGAAAAGAGAAGCAGAAAUAAAUUGGAAAGUAUACAUCCUGCCCCAGCUGACAAAACCUUCCCUCCAGUUUUCCUUAAAGGUCUAAGUGAUCUCAAGGUGAUGGAUGGCAGCCAAGUGAUUAUGACAGUAGAAGUUUCAGCUAACCCACCUCCUGAAAUAAUUUGGCUGCACAAUGGGAAAGAAAUCCAGGAAACAGAGGAUUUUCAUUUUGAGAAGAAGGGCAAUGAAUAUAGCCUGUAUAUCCAAGAGGUAUUCCCAGAGGACACGGGAAAAUACACCUGUGAGGCCUGGAAUGGCUUAGGAGAAAUUCAGACUGAAGCAACUCUGACUGUGCAAGAACCUCAAGAUGGCAUUCAGCCAUGGUUCAUUAGCAAACCAAGGUCAGUGACAGCAGCACCUGGGCAAAACAUUCUUAUUUCUUGUGCCAUUGCUGGAGACCCUUUCCCUGCAGUUCACUGGUUGAAAGAUGGCCGGAAAGUGACUACAGGAGCAGGCUGUGAAUUUCUACAGAAUGAAGACAUCUUCACAUUGGUUAUAAGGAAUGUGCAACCUUGUCAUGCUGGCCAAUAUGAAAUACAACUCAGAAACCACGUUGGAGAAUGCAGCUGUCAGGUGUCUUUAAUGCUGAGAGAAAGUUCAGUUUCCAAAGAAGAAGUGCACAGCAAUGGGAGGCAGGCAGAACGAAGAGAUGCUAAUAAUCACAAUGCACUGACAUUUGGAAGCAUUGGUGGCUUCAGAAGGAAUACCAGUGAAACCCAGCAAGUUGAGGAAGAGCAGGAGGACGUCCGUGGGGUGCUUAAAAGGAGAGUAGAAACUCGAGAGAGUACAGAGGAGAAGCUGAGGCAACAGGAGGCCGAGCAGAUUGACUUCCGUGACAUUUUGGCAAAGAAAGUCAACACCAAAAGUUUUUCUGAGGAGGAGCUGAAGGAAAUCCCAGCUGAACAAAUGGACUUCCGUGCUAACCUGCAGCGGCAGGUCAAGCCCAAGACCUUGUCCGAAGAGGAAAGGAAAGUCCAUGUUCCUCAACAGGUGGACUUCCGUGCAGUGUUGGCUAAGAAGGGCACCCCUAAACCUUCCUUACCAGAGAAGGCACCAGCCCCUAAGCCAGCUACACCUGAUUUUAGGUCUGUGCUUGGGGCAAAGAAAAAGGCACCUACUGAGAACGGUGGCCCUGAUUCCCAGCCCCAGAAUGCCAGUGUCAGCUCGGAAGUACAGAAACCCAGUACUGUCUCCAAAGCAUCAGAUGCCAGCACCAACUCUAAGAAUCCACCAGCAUCCAAAUCACUGGACAAGAAGAAUGCCACCUCUAAAAUACCAGAUACCAAUUCUGUUUCAGAAGCCAAAGAUGUCAGUUCAAAACCUAAAGCUCAGAAUGCCAGCAUUAACUCUGAAGCACAAAAUGCUAGCACCAAUGCUGAAGUGCCACAUGCCAAACAGGAGAAUAAAGAGGAAAAAAAUGACAUCAGUUGCAAAGGUGGCUGCCUACCAAUAGUGGAUGGACAGUUAUCUGAAGAGAAAGUAAAAGAUACCAAAACAGAGCCUGUGGGAACAGCACCAUCAUUUACAGAAAAGCUACAUGAUACCCAUGUAGUAGAAGGUGAAAAAUUAGUCUUACAGUGUCAGGUUUCCUCAGACCCACCUGCUGCUGUCACCUGGACUUUGGAUGGAAAGGUCAUCAAAUCAUCAAAGUUCAUUGUCCUCUCCCAAGAAGGAUCAUUGUGCUCACUAAUCAUCGAUAAAGCCUUUCCUGAAGAUGAAGGCCAGUACAAAUGCAUAGCUGAGAAUGCCUCAGGAAAAUCAGAGUGCACUUGUAAUGUGACAGUGGAAGAGUCUUCAAAGGCAACUGAAAAGAAGAGCAAAAAGCCAAAAAGUUCACUCUCUCCUGUGCUGUCAACAGAGAGUGAGGCAACGGUAAAGAAGAAACCAGCUCCAAAGACUCCACCCAAAGCAGCUCUUCCCCCACAGAUUGUUCAGUUCCCAGAGGACCAAAAAGUGCGGGCUGGUGAAUCUGUGGAGCUGUUGUGCAAAGUAGCAGGAACUCCUCCCUUAACAUGUACCUGGAUGAAAUUUCGGAAGCAGAUCCAAGAAAGUGAACACAUCAAAAUUGAGAAUGCUGAGAACAGCAGUAAGCUAACUAUCUCCUCCACAAAGCAGGAACACUGUGGAUGUUACACUUUAGUUGUAGAAAACAAGCAGGGCAACAGACAAGCCCAGGUUAACCUCACUGUUGUUGAUAAACCUGAUCCUCCAGCAGGAACACCUUGUGCAUCAGACAUCAGGAGUUCUUCUCUCACUCUCUCAUGGUAUGGCUCCUCUUACGAUGGUGGAAGCGCAGUGCAGUCCUAUACUGUGGAAGUAUGGAACACAGUGGACAAGAAAUGGACAGAUCUCACUACCUGUCGGAGCACUUCCUACAAUGUUCAGGACCUACUGGCAGACAGGGAGUACAAAUUCCGGGUCCGAGCUGCUAAUGUGUAUGGAAUAAGUGAGCCGAGUCAUGAAUCUGAACUAGUAAAAGUAGGAGAGAAGCAAGAAGGUCCUAAGGAGGAAGAAGAAGAAGCUGAAGCAUCUGAUGAUGAAGGGAAAGAAACAGAAGUUGACUAUCGGACAGUAACUGUCAACACAGAACAGAAGGUUUCAGAGUUCUACAAUGUGGAGGAAAGAUUAGGAUCGGGGAAAUUUGGACAGGUUUUCCGGCUUGUUGAGAAGAAAACUGGAAAAGUUUGGGCAGGAAAAUUUUUUAAAGCCUAUUCCGCUAAAGAUAAGGAAAACAUAAGGCAAGAGAUUGGCAUUAUGAAUUGUCUGCACCAUCCAAAGCUUGUCCAAUGUGUAGAUGCCUUUGAAGAGAAAGCUAACAUUGUCAUGGUUUUGGAACUUGUUUCUGGUGGAGAACUCUUUGAGAGAAUCAUUGAUGAGGACUUUGAACUAACAGAGAGGGAAUGUAUUAAAUACAUGAAACAGAUCUCAGAAGGCGUGCAAUACAUUCAUAAGCAAGGCAUUGUUCAUCUGGAUUUGAAGCCUGAAAAUAUUAUGUGCGUCAACAAGACUGGUACAAAAAUCAAGCUGAUUGACUUUGGACUUGCACGAAGACUAGAAAAUGCUGGUUCUCUGAAGGUCCUCUUUGGGACACCAGAGUUUGUGGCUCCAGAAGUUAUAAACUAUGAGCCUAUUGGGUAUGCAACAGACAUGUGGAGCAUAGGAGUCAUCUGCUACAUUUUAGUCAGUGGGCUUUCCCCUUUCAUGGGUGACAAUGACAAUGAAACCUUAGCCAGUGUUACCUCAGCCACCUGGGAUUUUGAUGAUGAAGCUUUUGAUGAGAUCUCCGAUGAUGCCAAGGACUUUAUAAGCAGCCUUCUAAAGAAAGAUAUGAAGGACCGUUUAGAUUGCACUCAAUGCCUUCAGCAUCCUUGGCUGCAAAAAGACACCAAAACUAUGGAAGCCAAAAAACUGUCCAAAGAUAGGAUGAAAAAGUACAUGGCUAGAAGAAAAUGGCAGAAAACAGGGAAUGCUGUCCGUGCCAUAGGAAGACUGUCCUCCAUGGCGAUGAUUUCUGGCCUCAGUGGGAGGAAGUCCUCUUCAAGCUCACCAACCAGUCCUGUUAAUGCAGAGAAGACUGAAGCUGAAGAUGAGCCUGCCAAUGCUCUCCUAGAAGCUGUUGAUGAAGAAAGAUCUCACGUGAAGCCAUUUUUCUCUAAAACAAUUCAAGAUAUAGAAGUUGUGGAAGGCAGUGCUGCUAGAUUUGACUGCAAAAUUGAAGGUUACCCUGACCCAGAGGUGAUUUGGUACAAAGAUGAUCAAUCUAUCAAGGAGUCCCGGCACUUCCAGAUAGACUAUGAUGAGGAUGGCAACUGCGCUUUAACCAUUUCUGAAGUCUGUGGGGACGAUGAUGCCAAAUAUACUUGCAAGGCAGUUAAUUGCCUUGGAGAAGUAACUUGUACUGCAGAACUCAUUGUGGAAACAAUGGGGAAAGAAGGAGAAGAGGAGGAAGAGGAAGAGGAGGAGGAGGAAGAAUGAAAUAAAAUUGAAUGGGCAAGAGAUUGGAGCAAUCACCCAGUAAAAAAAAAAAUCAGGCUCAAGCAGUUGACAUUAGAUCAUGAAUUUCUUGGUUUGUUUCAUCAGCACCAUGAGUUGACACCUGUUUUUGUUAUUUAUGGGCAUUAACUUGAAUUUAGCAAGCACUUUAGGUGGCUGUUGUGCUUGGAUUUAGUUUAAGUUAAAGCAUAGCCCAAACAAUGAAUGUGAACACACCAUAUGAAACUCAUCUACCGUUUUAACCAGAGCCAACAAGUUAUUUGUUGAAAAAAAAAUAAACUUAUAAGGAGAGAGAAAUUGCCCAAGUGCACUAAUUGCUCCAUCAACCAGCAUAACAAGAGAGAAAAUUUGGACUACCUGCCCCACAAUCCUCCUAAACACAUUUGCACAUUAUACUUGUUGAUAUUCCAUGGCAUCAUUUGGAGCUUUCAUGAAUGCAAGUGUUUUUAGUACAAUGGGCACAAUCCAUCAGUAGGUUUGUCUGUGGAAGGCCUCCUGAAAGGGCAGGAACUCAAUAAUAGAACUGGUGGGUUGCGUCCUUGGACCCUACUAACUUCUCUAUUGGCACUAAUAGGAACCGUUGCCCUAUAACACAUUUCCAGCAGAUUUAUAAGUGAAGGUUCCUGUCCCCCCCCCCCAAAAAAAAUCAGUUUUCACAUUGAAACUGUUCCGUGUAUUUAUUAGUUUUCCCUUUGAACUUGAAGAUUUGUGAUUUUAAACUGAAAUACCUAGGUUUAAGCCAAUAUAGUUAUUGGAAUUAAGGGAGCUGAUUUAGCUUAAAUGAGCACUUUGGACUGACCUCUGUCAAUCACAAACAAGUUGUCCUGAUUUGAAAAUGUAAAGCGACAUUUUCUAUUAAUUUGCUGUAGCUGAGCAGUGGAUCCUUCCUUCCUCAGCUGAGACUCUCUGUAAGUCCCAAUUCUUAAAACCACGUCAGCAUCUAGCAGAAAAAAAGCCAGCUUCUGAAAAGUUUUCAACCAGUCGACAGUAUCACAUUCAAGAUCUGGCAUAUCACAACAAAUCCAAAAUGUGUGUUGUCACUGCUGUCAUGAAAUCCAAAUUCUGCAGAUAUCAGAUACCUGGCUGCAGGCUUAUACAGUACUGACAGGCUUUUCUCUACAGCUGCCAUCAGCAGUCAUGAAAAUUAGCCCCAUGCUUCUCUUCCUCCCUGGGCAGGGCACUUAUUGAAUGCAGAAAGUACACUCGCUGUAAUGCUGUUGCAUAAUUCAGUGCCUCUGUGGUGAAACUCAGGUUUUUAACCUAUAUUUUAGUUUUAUUUGGCUAUUAUGAGUUUAUUCUGUUCAUGCCAGCCUGGAAACUGGAGUAGUCAAGGAAAGGGAGCCUAGAUUUAAAGCUUGUGUACAACUUCCAAAGAACUACAGGUUAGUUUUAAGGCAUGUCUUAAAGUAAAAAAAAUCAGCACAAUGAAUGGUUAAACAAUGAUCGAUUCCCUCUGCUAAUUCAUACAUUCAGAUGUGUUCAUUUUGUUUCUCUUUCACAAUUAGUUGCAAGCCAGAGGCCAUGAAACAUUUCACACAAUCACAUAAUAGUACAUGUCUACUCUUGUUGCAUCAUUCCAGUUGUGUGACUUUCCUCCCACUGUAUGAACAAGGUGCAAAGAUUUUAAAUAUAAAAGUUGACCUUUUUCAAAAGAAUACAACAAAGCUUUAUUUUGCUCAUUGAAGCAAAGUGGGGGAACUAAGUGUACUUUAUUACAGAUGUAUACGAUAUCUUGUUUAGAUGGUUUGAUAUUACCUAGUCUUAUGUGUUCUAUAUUAUUUGCUCCUCUGCCUGUUUGAAUGCAACAAUUCAAAAUUCCAUAUAUGAUUGCUCACUCACAAUUGCUGUGGGUUUUUAUAACUGCUUUUGCUGUUUCUCACUAGGUUGAGGUUACCAGCAUGUCUUCUUUUUGAAUGAAUAAAGAAUUAUUGUUAGAGUAAAACACGACUAUUGCCAGUUUGCCACACAUUCUUAUAAGGAAAGAUUUUUAGUAUUAUCUAGUGCAGGGUGGGAAUUGUACAGCCCAUCCCCCAGAUGCUGUUGAAUUGCAGUUCCCAGGAUUCCUAGCCAACUUGGCUAAAAGAGAGGAAUGUUGGGAGUUGAAAUUCAACAACAUCUGCAGCGCUGCAUAAUUCCCAUCCCUAACUUAGUGCAUACAGAGCAUUUUCUCACAUGUUUUCAAUGUGUUAAGAAAACAAUGGGGUGUAUUUUUUGUGUAUAUCUUAAUUAAAAUAUGCUGAUGUUUUCUGGUUUCUGAAACCAAAUAAGCUGCAAAAUAUGAGAACACUACAGUUGUAGUUACUCACAAUUUCUCAAUAAACAAAUACCACAAAGCA